AUGGCCAUUGACAAGGAAACAGAUCAGUACCAAAACAGCAACUUACGACAAAAGAAAGCAGAUUUGGAAAACUUGUUCACCACUGAUACAACCAAAGAGUCUCCAUUUUCUUUGUCACUUUCUCAGACUUGUCAACUGCAUGAAGAAAUAAAGCUUUUUGAUCAAUUCAGUGGCAUUGAUCUUGGCAAAAUCGAUGCCAAGGAACUUUUUACUUUGCAAAAAAGUGGACUAAAUGAGUACUUUGAAACAGUGUGUGAGAAAGUUGUGAAGAAAUGCCCAUGCAAGUAUCACUAAAGCAUUGGUGGAAGGAACCAACACACAGGACAACAGUGAGAGAAAUGCCCUAUUCAAGUUCAAGCAAGCUUUACCACUGUUAACUUUUAUUACCCAUAUCAGGUCACAGAAGUCAUUGUCAGAUUUUCCAAAUUUAUUUGGCCUGUUGUUAAUAGCCAAUGGUGGAGGGAAAUCUAUCUUAACACUUCUGUCUUCAAUAGGAUUAUGCAAGAGCUAUGAGUGGUAGUAAGUAACUACAGUCAUAUACAUUUCAGUGAUUCAAAUGGUCAAAACCCUGAUCAACAUUUACAUGCAUAGUACACACAUACAAUUCUGAAGCUCAUUUUAAAGGGCAGUUCAUUUACCAAUGAAAUUAUACCAGCUUACAAGUUUAAAAAAAACUAUGGGAGUUAGUUCAUUACAGCAUAUAAUGCCACUUUUACAAAUACUCACCCACGUACAUUUCAAUCUACAUCUCAAAAGAGUCAACACUCUUUAAUAUUGUGUCUUUUUUCAGGGAUGGUCUAAUUAAAAGUACGAGAUUCCAGGAUAUGUCAUAUCUUUUUUUAACUAUAUAAAAAGACAGAAAAAACAGGACAUGUGAUUUGUGUUGCAUUAUUUCAAAAAGAGACGAAUCUGCUCUUAUUUGCUACUUAAAAAUUCGUUUUUGGUCUUUUUUCAGUCGUAAGUGGAUGGGUCGUCUAUUUAACACUUACACUGAUGCCAUACCAGUUGCUUUUCCUUCUAGCACACCCCUGAUAAUAGGAUAUGACAAUAUCAACAUCUACAAGGGUAAAGCCCGAUUUUCUAGACUGAAGAGAAAAAUUCUACCAGUGAUGUGGAACCUUACUAUGUGUAUGGCUUGGAAGCCCAAUAUUGAUGGCAUUGAACAUCUUUGGGAAAGUCCUGACACUGCUUGUAAACCUCAGAAAGAUAUAUUGGCCCUAACUGUUGAGGACAUCUUUUUAGGUAUCUAGUAUUAGCAAAUAAUGUAUGGUUUUAACUUAUUAACAUUUCUAAUCAAUUUACUGCAUAUUUGGUAGUUAUUAUAACUGUAGGUAAAGUUGAUGUCAAAAUGAGUCAUGCUUACAGUGAAACACAUACUCUCAAAUUAUUAUUUUUUCUUCUUCAGAAAAAUUAAGGUUUGGGGUCUUCUAUUUAAUUCCUCAAAAACAGAGGGGGUAGAGCCAACUUUUCAAGCUUUCAAUAUAGCACAAAAUAACCUGAGGACAGACUACCUGCAACUUCAAUAUCUUUGAAUUAUGGUUGUAGUCAUUAAUUAUCACGUGACUUAUCAAGGCUAUUUUUAGUGCAAAAUAGGACCACUUUUCAUUUCUUUCUGGAAGUUGCAGUUAUCAUUAUAGUGAUGAGGCUAAUAGGUAUAUCAUUUCGGUGACCAGGCCUUUUAAGUUACCCUUUAUAAAAAGGGACGAAAUUCAAAAACCGUUUGAUGGACAGAUGUUUAGUUGUUCACCUAGGGACAUUUUUGGUAUUGACUUCUUUGAUUGACUGCUUGAAUAAACUGGUGCCAUUUCUAAUUUAAGUUUUUUCGUGCAAAAUAGCCUUUGAAGGUCACAUGACCUUAUUUGCAUAUUCUUUUACACAGAAUUAAUAACCAAGUGUCAGUUAAGUUAUGGUUAUUCUCUUGGCUAGUUCUUUUAAGGUCAUUGGCUUCGAUCAUUAGGGUGAUGUACCCAAGCUUUUUAUUCAAAUCCCAUUGAUCCUUCCUAAAUUGAGUGACCAUUGAAUAAAAACUUCCAGCUCUUGUAACAAUGGCAUGUUAUAAAUUACUGCCAUGUCAUCCUUGAAAUUUAUGAUAUAGAUAACUCUGUUUCAUACCUUUCUGUACAUCAUCACAUGAUACUAAUGAUAAUAUUGGGUUAUAAUAAUCAUACUAUAAUUAGUGCUCUAAUUCAUAUGAUUUUGACAAGUUUUCACAAUGAUGAUCUUGAUAGGAACCCAUUACCCAUAGGGAUAUUAAAAGUAUGAUCUCUAAAUUCCGGAGAGCGAUUUUUUAACAGGCAGUUCAACAGGUUGUUUAUGCAGAAUGCAAAAGGUUGAACUGUACAGGCUUUAUAUCACAUGAGAGGUUCAUAUAUUUUUAAAUUUAAUCUACUCUCAAACAGAUUCUCAUAAGGAGCUGUCCACUAUCAUUGAAAAAGCCAAACACAGGUGGCUGCUAAGGUUGCUUCAUUAUGGCCUUAACAUUGGUAUCACCUUUGACGAUCUGAAAAGCAGAGAUGAAAAAUCAAUCAAUACCUUACUUGAGAACUUUCAGAAGCCUUCAAAACUUUCAAACAAUGUUAAUGUCCCAAAGCAGGAAUAUGACUACCCCCAAAAUGCAGGGAAAAAAGCUGAGAUAAUGAUUUUACCUUUGUCCAUUGAUGAUGAAACCACUACAAGUGGAACUGCAUCCAUCAUCCAAAAGAGUUUGGUCUUCAAUGUGAACGUUCAAGUAAUUACAUUCCAAAGGAUCACACGACAGGAAAGUUCAAUCUUUCAGCAGCAAGGGAAAGAUUCCUUUUCUACCAAGGCUUAAAAUAUCACCAUGAAGAAAUGAAAGUUUUCAGGAAGACCCUUGAAGACAACGAUAAGCAUAUCACAGAUGAACAAGGGGAAGAUUCUUCAGAUAGUGUUCAUGACUCUGAUUCAGAAGUAGAAGUUACUGAAGGGAAUGGUAAACAAUUAAAUUUUAAAGAAUUCUGUGCAAAAGUUGAACAAACAAGGAAAAAUGCAAUGGCAAAACUUAAAAGUUGUACCCGUGGAAAGAAUUUGCAGCAAAGUGCCAUGAUAUUGCGGCAGCGCCAAAGUGAAUGGUUGUUGUUAGAGGACCAGUUUAAACGCACAUGUCUACACCUGGCAGUUGAAGAAAAUGAUCUCCAACUAGCAGAGAGCCUUUUAGUUUCUGGUGCAGAAAUUAACAAACCAGAGGGAUGUGGUGUAACAUCAGUUAUGACCGCAAUCAUUAAGGAGCAGUUUCAAAUGGUACAGUUGCUAUUGAAAUACAAUGCUAAAACACAUGGUACAUUUACAGGUCUAAUUCCACCGCCAUCAGAACUGGUUCAAUUGAUUGAUAACCCUGCCAUUAAAGCAACAAUUUUGCAACACAUCAACGAAGAAGUGAAUGGGGCGGUGGCUGUUUUUGCAGAAUAUCUUGAUGGAAAAGGGGAAGUAGCACUUAGCAAGACUGGUGUGGCACCAGAAAAUAGACCGCAAAGUGAAAAAAGUGACGAGGUGAUUAGUGUAAGAAAGAAAGUGAUCACUUUUGGUGACCAAAAAACCUGCAGUAAUGUGCGAUCUGUCAGGAAUAGAGCACCUGAUGAAUUUUCAACUUUCAUGGAAAAGCCAGGUGAUUUUCACACGGAGGGCUACUUAGCUCAAUGUUGUGGUAAAAUCCUUGGCCCUGGUGGAUUCUAUUAUCUGAUGAGACAGUUGCUAGGUAGACAUCAGGUAACAUCAAAAAGUUUCCAAAAAAUAUUUAAAGAAGGAAAUUUGGAACGCAACAUUGAUGCAUUGAAAGAUUUUACAUGGAGUAUGGCCAUUGCUGUGGUAAAAGAAUUUGAAACAUCUGUCUAUUUUCCAAGCAAAGAUCGGUUGCACCAUGGUGAGGGUGACACAGAUCUAUUAUGCAGAAGGUUCCAAGGAUGGCUCGACGAGAGUUCCAGCAGGGAUGCAGUUUUUUCAUACCACAAACAAAAUCUAUUAGAUCAUCUAUUCCUUUUAGACUUUUUCCACACUAGUGUUAGGUGUGGUAAUGGAAAAGCCCUGGAAGCUUGUUACUUUCUUUUGGCUCCGAUUUUUUUUUCAAUGAACAAGAAGAACUACAAAGAUGAAGCAUUUGUGCACAUUGUGAGCAUUAUGUGUACAUGGCCCCUUGCAUUGAGGGAAACCCUACGGAGAAACAGAACAAUUUCAUUGUCAGGUCGUCCAGGCCAUGAUUUGGCAGAUGACGAAUUCAUAGAGGAGAGACUGGUAAGAAGAACAAAGAUGUAUGCAAAAAAACAAGCAACAGUCCAGGGAUUAGAGAGAAUAAGUCUUAUUCUUGACUUCUGUGCAGAGCUUGAGGCAGCUUUCAAAGCUGCCUAUGAUGUGAGAUCGCCCAAAAAAACACAUGUACCAGAUUCAACAAGUGAGCAUGCUAAAGUUGCCUGGUUUGCUGUACAAGAACAGUGGUUUUGUGAUAAAGGGAGAGUGGAAGGUCCCACCUACCCAAGUAACAAGAAGGAGUUGCCAUCAGUGAAACAGAAGUUACGCAAAGACUGCCAGAAUGCACAGUUGCGGGGAGAAGAGCUGUUCAAAAAACAUUUUAAGGAGAUGAAAUGCAGACUUUUCCCUACCACAGCCUUACACUUUGUAACUGAU